AUGUCUGCCAGCGGCCAUGCGGAAGGCGGCAAGAAGUACAAGAAGUAUGACUGGGAUGAUAAGAAGGACAUCUGCUACAAGCUGUAUGUCGAGGGGAAGAAGACCCCGCGAGACAUCGUCAAGUACUUUGCCAACCACUUCAGCGUGCCGGAGAGUGAGCUUCCCAGUGCGCGCCUCUUCCGACGCCAGUUUCACGAUGUCUGGCAAUUCCCACCGCGCCGUCGGACCCUGAGCGCGGAUGAUGAAGCCGUCAUCGUCGAGCGUAUACGGCAACUAUGGGAGCAAAACGAGUCCGCCGUGCGUAUCGGUCAGAUCCUGGAUGAAGAAGGGUACGAGCUCGGCGACAACGAGUUUACCAAGCUGAGGAGACGCCAUGGCUUUAUCAGGCGAGGCAUCUCAGGCUCCUACGACGUUACUACGAAGCCUAGCAAGCGGUGGAAGAGGAAGGCGGACGAAGUCGAGGACCAAGCUCAAAUGGAUACGGAUGCUGUGAAUGCUGCUACGUCGGCGGAGUUCUUGAUGGCUAUGCAGCAGCAGCCGCCGCCUGGGUUAACGCCAGAUCAGCUCGCUCAGCGUCAAGCACAUCUUGCACAACGACUUACUGACCUACAUCGAGAGUCGGAAGCGAAGCUGGCCACCAGGAAGCGGAGACGUCGCAUUCGUGGCUUCGGCUUUUUACCUGCAGACGAGGCGGGUAUGGCGCCUCGCUACGAUUCCGAGACCACCAUCGACGAAUGCAAAGCCUUCUUGCACCUCAGCAAUGAGAUGUAUGUCACCAUUCGCGACGACUACGAAGCCAUUUGCCAGGAUAUGGGCAUCGAGCGUAAGAAGACAACAAUGGAAAGCGGCCUGUGGCAGGCUUCCAAGGACCGCCUGGUACGUGAGAACGUGCACUUAUCAGCUAUCAUGCACCCACUGCAACCGAACCUGGAUAGGAAGGCUGUAGCCAUUGAUGUCAUAUGCUCCGACGUCACGAAGCGGAUGCGUGACAACAAGAAGAAGAUGAGCAUUGCCGAUGCCAACAAUGCGCUUGGUCUCAAUCCGCUGGCGAGUAAGAAGCUUCGUAAAGCCUUCUACGACAUUCUUGAGCACGACCACUACACCACCCGCAUGGCCUGCGGUGAGGAGCAUUGGAACGAGUUGCAGCAAGCCUGGCAUAACUCUUCGCCGGUGCUGCAGAGCGUCAUAACCGAAGGUGAUCCGUACAAACUCCGCUGCGUCUAUAUGCUGUGUAGAGAUGCUACCAAGCGCUACAAUGACGAUGGCGUACGGAGGGAUCCAAGCAGGAAGCAGUAUCAGCAAGGCACUGGACCUGGACCGGGCGCGCUGAGAGUGGGUGGCAAAGGCAAGAAAGCCGCGGCGACGGCUACCGAAAAGCCUCGCAAGAACAAAGCCACAGUCAAGAACGGCCUCUCCGGUCCUAGCUUCGGCAUGGCUGUCGAUCCAGCCCUGACCAACCCUUACCUGCCCGAACCGCAGCCUAUACCCGCUUACUUCCGCCUUUCGCCGCAAUCGAGUUUGAUCGGCAAUCACCCGCGUAUGUGGCUCGGCAAGCUGGCUACCCGGACCCUGGCCUCUCUGCACGAAGCGGCGGCGAGUAAAGCAGGGGCGGCGACGGUCACGCGUGUGCAGGGUGUCAUUAAGAACGAGGAUGGGACGGAGGAUAGCUAUCAGAUUGAUGGGGAUGAUGAGCUAGAUGUUUACUUGGAGGCGGCCGGGGACAAGAGUACGUUUCUGGUGUUGCUUGAAGGGGGGUAUGCCUGA